AGAAAUGAUUAUUAUUCAACGAUUAAAUUCUAUUUAGGGUCUUUAAACUUCUCUUGUUUAUAACAGUAUGGACUGUUUUAAAUCUUUACAUAUUGUCGGUUUUGAUCCGUAUCUAAUUGCUCUUAUACGGAACGAGCAUGCGCAGUGACAAAAUAAAUACUAAUGUAUACGUUGUAAAGACUUAUUUGUGACAAUUAUUCUCAAAGGCAAAACAUGGCGGCAAUGAGCCCAGGAUAUUAGGGCAAAAAUAUACAGUUGUUAAAGGUUCCAAUGUACUAUUGGGAUGUCACAUCAACUUCAUUUAGAGAAGGAGAAGUACAGACAAUGGGUGAAGGCCGGACUUGGCUUGGGAUACUUAAAAGAAGGACUUGCGCCUUUUUGUGACGACGUUGCCAAAGAACAACAUAAAAACAUCUUAGAUAACAUUAAACAGACAAAGAAUCUACCGACUGUGACAUGUGGUCAGUGUUCUUGGAGAACUCUCAAACCAGACCAUGUGAAAACAGAAAACAAACAGUGUCCUUUGAAUCAAUCGAAUUGUAACUGUUGCUAUACGAGCGGAAAAAAUGCUUGUCCAAACAACGUAUGUAGUGUUAUCUAUGACAAUAUUAUAUCUAACCAUGCAUCCACACCACCAGGUCCUAACUGGAAAAACACCAAAACACAGCAGUGGACUCGAGAUCCGUGGAGUAUAGCUAAAUGUUUCAUCAACGUCCCAGGAUAUGAGCAAAAGACAUCAGCAGCCGACAUUGACUGCACAGGGUUACUACAUGUGAUUAUAAACAACAAAUAUUUUCAUAAUCACAUUGUAUGCAAUAUUACUGGAACUGAUGUGUUCUCGAAGGUAAGGCAGUACAGAAACAAGAUAUUUCACUCUAGUUCAAUGGAGUUGGAAAAGAAAGAUGCAAGUUCUUAUAUAGAUGAUAUGAUAGCUAUUCUCGAAGAUGGUAGGGAACUGAGUAGCCGACAGGACUCUAAGGACGCUGUAAAGAAACUCAAAGAAUUGAAGAAGGACAAUUUUAUAAUUACAACAAAAAGUGAAUAUGAUGUGGUCCAUGCGGCCGAGCAGUCAAUAAGUGAUACGAUAGAGGAAUUUGAAAACAAAUUACAGGAAAAAUUAGAAAACGUACCUACCACAGAAGAUGUUAAAGGUUUAUUAAGGAGAGUCACAUCGUUGGAACAGGAUGUGGAUACUAUAAAACAGGAGAUGAAAGAGCUCAAGACAGCACGGUCUGCUCAAAAAGAUCAGUAUGAUUUCAUCAAGUCCAAAUUAGAAUUUCAGGUAAAACUUGUGCACCUUUACAGAAAGUCUCUGUUACAAGUGUCGGCAAUACCACUGAAGCCAGAGCGUAAACAUUGUAACUUCAGCGAGGUGUAUGUUAGACCACGAAUAACGAAUGAAACAAACAGACCAAAGGACACUGAAAUUCAGACGCAUGAAAGAAACAGACCAAAGGACACUGAAAUUCAGUCUAUGUCAGAUAUCUUCACAAAAGCCGGACAACGUCUGAAAUCCAUUUACAUUCUUGGAGAUGCUGGUUCCGGUAAAAGUAGUUUCUGUAAAAGUUUGAUACAUUGUUGGUGUAUGGCACACAGUGGAGAACCGACCGUUGAAGAUGAAUUCGACGGAAUCAAGGAAAUGGAGAAAUUUGAGUUCAUGUUCUAUAUAGCUCUUCGUCGCUUUAAAGAUAUUGUCAGUAUCAAGGAAAUGCUUGAAAUGCAAUAUAAGGACGAAAUUCUUAACAAGAUUUUAAAUAAGGAGUCAAGAAGUAUUAUUAUCGUGCUUGAUGGUUUAGAUGAAUGGUCUUCUCAGAUUGUGACAUCCAAUCAGUUCCAGACGGAAGGCCUUCCAGAACGUGAAACAUCUAAGGACUAUACCGUCGUAACAACUUCACGCCCAUGGAAAAUUGAAACACUGGGAAUAACUGACCAGGAGAUAGAACAGAGGUUAAAACUUCAAGGGUUUGAUAGAUCGUCUGUUAAAAAGAUGAUUGGUAAAACAGUUCCGGUAUUGAAUGAAGAGUUUACAGAAAACAAAAGUCCUAGUGCCUGUGAAGAUAAACUAGACAAUGAAGCGAUAGCCAGUAUGACAGAAGUACCAAUUAUGCUGCUCCAGUUGAUUUGUCUGUGGUUUGACGAUAAACUUCAAGUAUCAUCAAGAUGCGGUCUUUACUCGGCGAUGCUUGAACUGUUCUUUUCGUGGAACGAUAAGAAGAAAAAAGGAGAAAAAGAAGAGCGUUUAUUUAGAAAAAUGAGGGAAAUGUCAAAAAAAAUGCGGAAUAUUGAACUUCCCAAAUAUCUUAUGAGUAACAAGUUAUGUGAAAUGUACAAAUUUCUCAUUCACGAAUUAUCGCGCUUGGCUUAUGAAACACUUUUCACAAAUGAAAAGGAGGCAUUCUUGACAUUUGAAAAUUCUGUUUUUGAUAAACUGGAAAUAUCGGAUGAAGUCAAAACAUGUUGCUUAAAACUAGGCAUCUUGUCUGAAGAGGGAUGUCCAAGUUUGAAUGCAAGCACAACUGAUAGUUCGUUACUUUCCUUUGUUCACAAGUCAGUACAUGAAUAUUUGGCCGCGGUGUAUAUUGCUAUUGAGUUCAAAGCUCAUAUUGGAUCAUCGUCCGAUUCGGACAACCCAGAUUUGUCUGGUCACUGUGCACCAAUUAUUAAAAAGGUUUUCAGGAAGUGCACGACUUUGGAAAAAAUAUUAGAAGAUGCAAAUAAUUUCAUUUUGCUAUGCGGUCUAGAGCCUCGAAUCGCAACGUCCAUUUCAAAGUAUAUAUAUGAUAUUGUUACGAGGGACAAACGUGUCCUCGACUACAGACGAAUAAUAAAAGAUGCUGUAAACAUUUACAGACCUGUCGAUCUUAUAUUAAAUGUCCAAGAAUGUAUUUUAAACUGUAUAGAAGAGGUCCAAUCAUGUCAUACAACUAUUCCGUCUUACUUUUAUGUAGGAGACAUCGUCGCAGUGAGAAAGCCAUCUUUCGAUCAUUUGUGUACUUGUAUCGAUAAGCAAUACAUUUCUCCUGACAGCGUCCGUUCGUUUACCGUCGAUACAUAUAAAACAGAGGAAUAUUUAAAGACAGUAUCUAGAUAUUUGACGAAAUGUCGUCUACUUGAAAGAAUUCACAUUGAUGCUCUUCCCAUCAGCGAUAAGAUAGAGGAUGAAGAUAUGAAGUCUAUCUGUGGAGUAAUUGAACAUAAUACUUCAACAUUGAAAUCAUUGUAUGUAGAUUUUUAUCCAAAUGAAUAUUUGAAACCUAUGUAUAAAACAAUAAACCAUAGUCUACCUGAUAUGAGUCAUCUUGUCGCAUUACAUAUAAAAGGUUUCAUUCUGCCACAUGAAGACUUUACUUCACUAUGCACUUUCCUGUCAGGUAACAGUCGUCUUCAGCAGAUUUCGAUUUCCUGUACAUUUUGUGAGCUCUGUAGAGAUAGUUCGUACUUUGAGUGCAGGAACCAGCAUGAAGUAGAUUUAGCCAAACAUCAACAACUACAAUACCUGGAGUGCGCUAAGUCUGUCACCGUGACUCACGUCAACACUUCAAACCUAGAAAUAUUUACUUGCGAAUCAUUGAACAGUACAAAUUUUGUGAAAGUUUUUGAAAACAUUAGUACAGCUAACAAAUUAACAAAACUUUAUUUGGAGUAUGAUAGAUUUCGUUCAGACACAGAGUCUUCAUAUUAUACUGUAACUGACAAGUUGAUCACUUUGUUACCAUUAUUGCACCAGCUCCGUGAACUUACUUUAGAUAGGUUUACAUUGACUGACAAUAUAAUGAAAUGUCCCUCUGAGAUGAAGAAUUUGGAGCUCAUUUGUCUUUUAAGUGUCACAAUGAGCUUGACAACAUGGCGGCAGUUUGUUGAUAGUCUUUCUCUAAUACCGCUACCUGUAAAGGUGUUAGCAUCAUUCAUGUAUUUUACACGAGAUGGGGAGGAAUGUAACCGUGGUAUAUACUGGAUGUUAGAAGAAGAAGGAAGGGAAGAGGAAGCAGCUGCAUGGCAGUAUGUCAGAGAGCAGGGGGAAUUGUUCAAUAUGAGAAAUGUAAAAGGCAACUCCAUUAAUUUUUUCAACAAAGAAAAAAUAAUCCUCGGUAUAAAAACAAAUGUUCAAGUUAUUCAGUGCGGAAAUGAAAGAAAGUAACAUAAUUUAUUUUUUCAACAAAGCAGUAAUAUUCAUCGGUAUAAAUCAUUACUGUUACAAUACUGAUUACUUUCUUCUGUUGUAAUGAUUGUUGAAAUAAGGAAAGUCUGACGAAAUUGUAGAUAUAUAUGUAACCAGUUUCUAGUGAAAUACAGUCAAACCUGUGUUAAAGACCACCUCUGAACAGAGACCACAUGGCUCUAAAGACCACAUGUUUUAUUUCCCAUUUUAACAUUAACAGUAUAUUUAGCCUGUGAAUAAAGACCACCUUCCAAUCAAAAACACAUUUUGGCUCUCCCAAGGGUGGUUUUAUAGACAUAUUUGACUGUAUCUGUUAUAAAAAGAAAUAAUUACAAAUUCGAUAUAUUACACUUUUUAUACUAUUAGAUCAUUAUAUGUUUUUUCUUUUGAUUACAUUAGUUAAAAUAGAACAGUGAAACGUUUUAAGAGGAAAAUGAUCAUCACUGGACAAUAAAAAUUCAAUUUUAUGUUUUGUUAUAUACCAUCAUAUUGCGUAUUUUCAAGUGAUUAUUUAAAUUUAAUAGUGAAACAAGACUUGGAAUUUCGCAGUGGAAAUAUCGAAUCUGUUUUAAACUGGUUUGGAAUAGUAAGCGUUAUUUAAGUAAAUAUUAAAUUGAUUUUUAAACACAGAAGUGAUAUUCACAACAUAAGUCAUUAGACUGUCUUUUAAAUAAGUUUCUUCAACUGAACAUAAGGUUGGAAUAAAUGAAUGCAUGCCAAAGUUGCAGACCAAAUAAACAGUAAAACCUGUAUAUAAAGAUCAUGAUUAAAACUGAUAUUAAUUGGUCUUUAUUUGCAGUUUGUCUAAUUCAGGUGUGGUAAGACGCCGUGAUUGUUGAAUUCGGAAUUUUAUUAACAGUUGUAAAUAUAAAACUGCAUUUUGUUUUGAAAAGUAUUUAGAUGUCAUAUCAAAUGACAACCUAAGGAAACAAAUGACUAGUUUAUGAUUAUGCUCACAUAAUUUAGAGAUAGAGCUAGGAAGAAAUGUUAAUGUAGAAAAGAAUAAUAGAUUAUGUAAAUUAUGCAAUCAAAAUGUCAUCGAGUCAGAAUACCAUUUCCUAUUAUGUUGUCCACGUUAUAGUUGCAUAAGAUCCAAAUACCUGGGCCGAUGCUCAUGGCCUACUGUGCAGAAGUUUAAUACAUUGAUGUCAUCCAGUAGUAAAAAAUGUAUAUAUAGUCUUGCAAAAUAUAUUAAAGAAGCAUUAACUGUAAGAAAGAAUACUCUUGAAAAUCUACUUGUCUUCUGAUCGAAUACAAUUAUUCUGUUUUGUUCUUUAUCUUCUGUAUAUAUGUUCACUUUCUCGUGUAUGAUACUCUUUGCCAUAAGAUUUUUAUAUUUGUAAAUGGCCAAAGGCAAAUGUAUUGCUGAUUGCCAAUAAACUGAAACUGAAACUAAACUGUUAAAAUUCAAACUAAAUUAAAUAUUGUAUUCGGGUUGUCUGUAUCAACAGGUGGUAUUUAAAAGCAGGUAGUCUUAUUCACACGUGAAAAUACACUUACAAUGUUGACUUUUGAAAUGAAAUAUAUAUAUAUAUAUAUAUAUAUAUAUAUAUAUAUAUAUAUAUAUAUAUAUAUAUAUAUAUAUAUAUAUAUAUAUAUAUAUAUAUAACCAGGUGGUCUUUAUUUACAGGAGAAAAUACAGCGCAGUGUUGAAAUUAAAAAAAAAGGCGAUCUUUGAAACCAGGUGGUGUCUGCUUUUAACUGAAAAAAAAAAAAUAAAGAAAAAAUGUUGAAUUCGGAUGUUAAUAAAGUGGUCUAAAAGCCAGGAUGUGUGUGUUCACAAGUGAAAGUACACAAAACAUUUUGUAUUCGUAAAUGAAACAAAUGAUCUUUAAAGCAAAAUUGUGUCUGAUCACAGAUGAAAAUACACCGUAAUUCUUGUAUUCGGAAAAUAGAUGUUUUUUUUUUUUUGUUUUUGUUUUUUUUUAAACAAGACGGUGUCUGAUCACAGAUGAAAAUAAACCGUAAAUUUUGAAUUCAGAAAAGCAUGGUCUUUAAAACAAGAUGUUCAAGUGAAAAUACUCCGUAAAUGUUGAAUUUGAAUAUUGAAUAAGUGAGUGAUCCGGUUUAAAACUAGUUGAUGUCUGUUAACAGGUGGUCUUUAACACGCGUUUGAAUAUAACUAGUGUUUAGUGAAAAGAGAAACUAAUGAGUUGUUUUAACAUUUGCUUUCACAUAACUCACUAUUAUGUAGACAUAACAAGUGUUUUUUUUUAAAACGGCAAGUGCUGUCCUGAAAUUUACCUAAUAGUUUUCUUAAUAAAGUAAAACAUUAAUACAGUGGUAUCGUAACUGUUUUCCUCCAAAAAUAUGCUGAGAAAAGGUGUGUGUGACAGUAACUUAGGGUUUUCUAGAAACUAUUCAUCUUUUAUCAUUAUAAUUAUGUUUUGUGAAAAACAAAAUAAGUGUCAUGAUUUGUGAUUUUUGCCGUCUUUUGCUCAAUUUAUUAUGUGCUUGGUGGUUGGUUAAAGGCUUCAACAGCUAUACAAAUUACGGCGAACAUACACCACAACCGGUAUUCAAGCCACAAGGAUCGUACGCCUCAUUUGGUAUUCAAAUCAUUGCGCGAACAUACACCUCAUCCGGUAUUAUAGUAACGGCAAACAAAUGCCUCAUUUCUAUUCAAAUCACGGCGAGCAUACGGUAUUCAAUAAGGCAUAUCAGGUAUUCAAAUUAGGACAAGGAUACUCCUCAUCCGGAAUUCAGAUCACGGCGAGCAAACUCCACAUUCAGUUUACAAAUCACGGCUAGCAUACGUCUCAGUCCAUAUCCUAAAUAUGGCGAUUAUUCGCCUCAUCCGGCUUUCAAAUCAUAGCUAGUAGACGCCUCAUCCGGUAUGAUUCAAAUUACGUCAAACACACGCAUUCGAACCUAAGACCUCCUGGUUUUGAGUUUUUACCUAUUGAACUAAACUGCACCACACUUUUUAAAUGGACUUGUCGCCAGACUAACGUUAGAGCAUUGCAAUUUUGUAUUGUAAAGGUUUCCGAAAUGUCAGUAGAGUGUUUGAAUCGGAACCCAAUGUUAUUCAAGCCAAUGUUUUAUGACCCUAUUUCCUACUUGCGUGUUUUAUAAAACAAAUACUGUAUGAACUUGUCUUACUAUCAAAUUUGACAUAGACCCAGCAAUGUGUAAUUAGUAUUAGUCUGUAAUGAAAAUUCCAAUGUCAUCAGCAGUCAUGCAAAGUGGUGUAUGCCUCUUCAAAAUGAGUCUCUUUAUCUGUAGUUAACGUAAUGCAUGCAACAGAUAUUAAGCUGAAGAUGUAUCCCUUUAAAGGAUAAGCAAAUGUUUCUUAAGAAAAUGCCAUGUCUUCCCCAGUUAUGCGUGUGUUUUAUGUUCUCAGUUCAUGUAUUGACUAGAACAUGAUUUACAGGAUAUGAAUGUGAAUAUUAUUAUAUAUAUUGCAUAUAUGUACUGAAUGUAUGUAAUGUUAACAGAAUUAUUUUUCAACUGAAACGUGUAUAUAAUAAAUUUGGACAUCAUGCACGAAAUUACAUACAUAUACAUGUACAUGCAACUUUCUUUAGCUCUAACAAAAUGCGACUUUAGGAACCGCACUUGUUUAAAGAUUUAUAGGCAACAGUUAACGACAUAUUGUUAAACAAAAGUAUCCUUUGAAAUAAAAAUGUGUAUAAAUGGUGUGAUGAUAUUUAAUCAAAAUUCAAAACUGUUUCUGUUCAGAACCUUUAACAAUAUAUCCCCAAUUAUAUAAUUUAGUCUUCCGUGGACAACAAGUAUGAUUUUAUAUACGAGACACACCAUUUAAAAGAAAACCUGGGUACAUCAUACUUCCAUUUUCAAAAGAAAAUCAUUUGAGUGUAUUAUUAUUAUUAGUUAAGUUUACUAUUGAUCACCAAAUUAUGUAUUUAGAACGUUAUUUGAAAACAUUUAAAAGAUUAUAAUAAAAGUGCAGAGAACAGAAA